AUGGCCGACUGGGAGAUCGCUCCGGGGAGGAUACGCGUGGGCAACGGUGGGGAGGCCGCCGAGAACAUAGCCUUUUCCUCGUCCUACCUCACCCAGGGCCGCGCCGUGCCCGUGACAGACGGCGUCACCUUCCAGAUGCUCGAGAUCCAGCCGGGGGCCAACCUGUGCUGGCCUGCUGACGAGGCCAGGACCCGGCUCUGCUCCGUCGCGCGCGGCAUCAUCCGCGUCAAGUUGCCCGACAACGACAAGACAGAGUUCCCCAUCGGCCCCAACGGGAUGUGGAAGGUCAAGCAGGGUGUCUCGUGUACCGUGGCGAAUCCUUUCUACGUGGGCGCUGUCAUUCACGUCACCACCAUUGGGGAGGAGGGAUAUUAA